AUGACUUACGCUAAAGGGGGCAACAUUGCUAAAGUAGAAAGUGGCCAGGUUAAAAAUGAUUAUAAUAAUCAAGUGGUCACUGAUCCGCGAAACCUAACAUUUCGCGAAAAAAUUAUUUACACUAUUAUACAUAAUUACAUACAUUUACUAUUUGGACUAACUUUGUCAAGUAUGGCACCGGCAUUUAUCGACUACAGGGAGAUAUUACACACUGAUAUGCAAUGGAUAGGACUGUUUCCCAUGUUUCAAGCUAUUGGCAUAUUUACUGGAUCAUUUGUGACCGGCAUAUUUAAAUAUGUAAACCGACAAAUCACCUUGUCCAUAUUGAUUGUGUUGCAAGGGUUUGGUACAAUAUUUCAGCCGUGGUCCACAUCAUUGUGGCACCUGUAUCUGUGCAUAUUUGUAUAUGGGUUUGGUAUAGGUGCCUGGAACGGGUCCAACAAUGUUAUACUCAUAGAAAUGUGGCAAAACAAGAGUCCAUCGAUAUUACAGUUUUCUCAAUUCAUAUACGGUGUGGGCACUAUCUUAGGUCCACUACUGGACACCAACUAUGUGUUGGGCGAACAGGUAUGUCCUGGUGUUUGGCCCGACGACUGUAAGGAUAGUGUCGCUACAAUUAUGGGUACAACACAGCAACCCAUACACAAUGCUAACACAUCAUCGGUUGCAUUGUUGUCUAACUCGAAUCUGUGUACUCCUGAAUGUAAGGCCUAUGAUCGUAGGCCUAACCUGAAAAUACCUUUACUUAUUGGAGGACUGUUACAAAUGUUAGGACCUGUUAUGUAUUUGAUAAUGUUUUUUGUAAAACGCUAUCACUUUGACAACGACACCAAAAUAGAGGUCGUGAAGACCGACGAACAGAAGCAACUGUACCGACAGUUUGUACCGAAAAAGACAAUAAUUGUCUGUAUUUCGACAUUUCUGGCAUUUGGUAUAAUGUCUGAGAAUAUGUAUAUGGAUUUUGCGCCCACUUUCUACCAGUUUUGUCCGGCAAAGCUGUCGGCCGCCAAAGCGUCAGAACUGUUCUCCUAUAUCGGGAUCGCACUGACCAUCGGUCGCGGUCUCAGUGUAUUCAUAGCCAUGUAUUUGAAACCGCAACACAUGAUUGCCUAUCAGUCGGUAAUAGUAUUUAUUGGCUAUAUAUUCCAGUAUUUCGGUCAAAAUGAUUAUAAACUAUUAUUAGCAAGCUCAAUUAUCAUAUGUUUCGGGUAUUCAUCAAUAUUUAUAUGUCUGUACUCUUUUGUCGGACAAUACAUGAGAGUUACCGAUAGAAUUGGCGGACUGUUUGUCGGCGCCUACAACGCGGUGUAUAUGUUUUUGCCCUAUUUUAUAGCCAAAUAUGUUGAGGUAGUUCCCGACAGUUUUGUGUUUGUUGAGUUCAGCAGUUUAUGUGUGGCUAUACUAUCAUUUAUUUAUGUUUUAUGGGCCGUUAGGAAUGUCCCACAAGACUUGAUCCGUAAAUUGGGACCAAUUGCUGGACAUUAA